ACUCACCUUGAUUUUUCUUCAACUUGUAAAUGAACACCCAAAAGUUGACAUAUGAUUAUAGUCCAAAAUCUGUUGUCAUGCCUUCUCAAACUGUCACUGGUAUCCAAUCACCAACAACGGGGGUUGGCUCACAUAAUCAGACCUUUGCCCUUGCUAAAUCAUUCAAUGCCGAUAUGGAUCAUAUUGGAUCUCCGGUUUCUGAUAUUUAUGACUUUCAAUCUAUAAAUCACUCCCAAAGUUCCAAAAUAUUCGACCUGCAGACCUGCUGUUACUCUACAGGAGAUAGCUUCUGUAUUGAUAAUUCAAGGCAUGUUGUUGAUUCUAUAUUUCAUUCCAAGCUUCCCCUUCAAUCCAACCACAGUAAUCACUGCUACUGCUCAUCUGAAAGAUCUAUGGAAGUUCCAUCCAACAAUGUUUCGGAAAGGGAACGUAUUUUGCAGUUGAAAAGGAAGUUGCAGGGUGAUGUUGGAACAUUUGAUAGGACUCAACCUCUAAUUCCAAGUCCAUUUGAGAAAUAUAUGGAUUUAUCAGUGAUCCAGAACCUUCCAUACUGGAUCGAGUCACCUAGACCUUAUCGAGUCAGCACAAAUUCUUCAUGUGCCAUCCUUUCCAGCAAAACAAGAAUCCGGUGGACUCAAGAUCUUCAUGAUCGCUUUGUAGAGUGCGUAAACCAACUUGGUGGGGCAGAGAAGGCUACACCAAAGGCAAUACUCAAUCUGAUGGACUUAGAAUGGCUGACUAUAUUUCAUGUGAAAAGUCAUCUGCAGAAAUACCGAAUAGCCAAGUACAUGCCAGAAGCAAUAGAAGGCAAUGCUUGUUAGAAACCCACUUUCUACUCAAACCUGAAAAUAAAUUAACAAUGGCAUAAAAUAUUGUUUACCUUCAUUACUAACAUUCCUCUACUUUGAUAUACAGGGAAGUAUGAAAAUAAUACUAGAAUGAAUGAUAUGAUACAUGUGGAUGCAAAAACUGGCAUGCAAAUCAGAGAAGCACUGAAACUGCAACUAGACAUUCAGAAGCAUCUUCAUGAGCAGCUAGAGAUUCAGCGUAACCUGCAGAAACGGAUAGAAGAACAAGGGAAACAACUAAAGAUUAUGUUUGAUCAGCAAAGAAGGACAAAUAAUCGGAGUUAUCCUGAAGAACCUGCAACUAGCCUUUCCUGAUGGUUUGCUAAACCUUUCAAUUCAAUCCGAACUAAGCUAUUCAAACACUUGCAAAAAGGCUGCUCAUUUAAGAUCAUCCAAGUGGAACAGCCAACAUACUAGGAAUAAAUCUACCCAGAUGAAGCAUUCGUUCAUGUAAAAAAAAGAAAAGAUGGACA